AUGCGAAUUUCAUUCGUCGAAAUGUUUUCGGUUAGGUUGCUGGCCAAGGAAGCUGAUGUUGUCUUGCAAGUUGCAACUGCCUGCAAUCAACUCUGCCCCGACAGCUGCUCAACCCCGUCCUUGAUUGUUGAAAAUCUAGAGCAUGAUGAGAAACUUGAAGUUACAGACACAAGAGAAAAAGAGAUUCAUGCAAGAGAGAGAACCUACAAAGGGGAGACAGGGAAAGGUGACAAGAAAGGAAAAGGUUGA